AACUUUCCACCUCGUUCACUCCGCCCAGAACCAUAUUCUUAAAUACACCCCUCUGUAUCUCCAUCUCUGUAAAUCUCGCCAUUUCUCUCUAAUCUCUUCCUCUGGUGAUCCCUCUGUUACAUAUCUCAAUAACAAUGGAAGCUACAGCUUUAACUAAUCACAUAAUCUCAGCAUUCUCUUCACAUUCAUCCCAAACUUCUUCAAAUCAUAAUUUCUUAUUACCUACUACUACUUCACUCAAAAAUCACAAGAGAAUUUUAUCUUCUAAACUUUCAAUCUCUAACCCUAGAUCUCAAUUCGAUAGAACCGUUACUGCUUGUGUUGCUUCUGUUAAUGGAGAAGUUGAAGAGACUGUCAAAGAUAUUGUUCCAAUCGAAAAGAAAUUUCCUGCAUACCCAACUGUGAUGGAUAUUAACAAGAUUCGUGAAAUUCUACCUCAUAGGUUUCCAUUUCUAUUGGUAGAUAGAGUGAUUGAAUACAAUGCUGGAGUAUCAGCAGUUGCAAUCAAGAAUGUAACAAUCAAUGAUAAUUUCUUUCCUGGACAUUUCCCAGAAAGACCAAUUAUGCCUGGAGUUCUCAUGGUUGAGGCCAUGGCUCAGGUUGGAGGUUUGGUGAUGCUUCAACCUGAAGUUGGCGGGUCUCGUGAAAACUUCUUCUUUGCUGGAAUUGACAAAGUGAGGUUCAGGAAACCUGUGAUUGCAGGGGAUACCUUGGUUAUGAGGAUGACCCUCAUUAAAUUACAAAAACGCUUCGGAAUAGCAAAGAUGGAAGGAAAAGCAUAUGUUGGAGGUGAGGUAGUAUGUGAGGGUGAAUUCUUGAUGGCUACUGGUACUAGUGAAUGAUGUUGCUGCUGUCAGAUAUACCUUCAGUUGCAGACCUUUCUCAAUCUGGAUCGUAUAAGAGGUAAAGAGUUUAAGGAUUUCAUUCAGAGGUUAGGUCUUCAUGGUUCUAGAUAAUUUAUCUUUUGGCAUUGUGUUUGGAUUCCUUAGGACCACAGAUUCCAUUUUUCCAUUUUUAUAGGAAUGAACAUUGUUAUAUUAUAGCACAUUUCAAAAAUUAUGAACAAUUUAUUUGUUCACCCAUGCCAACUUAUGUGAUUCUAUAGACUAGGUAUAUCUGUAUGGCAUUCUCGUUUCUCAGAGCUAAACUUGUUAUGUGCUAGAUGUAUAUUAGUUCUUGUAAUCCUGUA